AAUGAAUCAAUAAUUCUUUGGUAAUUCAAGGUUGGCAAUUCAAAGAGCCUAAUAACUUCACUAAUUCUUCACUUAAUCAGUGAUUUAUGAUCAAUUCAAAUACACAGCAAAAAUGCCACAAUAUCCAAAAAUUGUAUUUUUGCAAUCAAAUCAAUUUUUCAGAAAUCUUGUUGAAAAGUAUUUCGAUUAUAUAUAGUAGAUAAUUCCUUUAAUAUUCAAUAAUAGAUGCUUAAAAUUCAAAUGGAGAAGUAAAGUUUUUAAUUUAUCAAAGGACGGUUUAGCUAGGUUGGGAGAACAAGUAUAAUUGCAAUCUACAUAAACUAAUGGUGCUUUAUUAUUUGGAUUCCCAAAUACAGCUGUUGAAGCUGAAAGGUACUUGAAAACAGAAUAAAAAUAAUUUUAGACUUGAUCGAUUAUUGGAUGGAGUUAAUUUAGCUGUUAGAUUCAAGUUAUCAGAAUCAUUAGCUCAGAAGAUAGCAGGUUCAUUUCUUUCAUGUUAGUCAUGUGGAAAGGUUUUCAACACAAGCUUACCCUUCAUUACACCUACUCAUCCAGGAUACUAAAAUAAUGUAUAAUUUUGGCGAAUUUUUAGUGUUAAACACCAAGUAAAUGUGCUUUAGAAUCUAGUUCAGCUCCAACUGAUUAAGUCAAUGCUGAAGUUGUUGAUUAUUAUCAAUAGAAAGUAUAAAUUACAUGGAUGAAUUAUAGGGAGCUUAUCUAGAAUAUGAAAUCAACGAAGACCAUUUAUUAUAUGACUCAUAAGAAUUCUUCGAAAAAUUAGAUAAUGCAGUAGCAACACAUAUUAAAGUCUGAUAUUUUUAAGAAAUAAUAAUAAUAAA